UCUAGAUUGUGGAAAGCGCCUUGACGGUCAAAUUUUCUUCGGCGUUUUUUAACUUUUUCUCGUCCGUUCCGGGAGGGUUGGUUUUUGGCCGGAAACUCGUCGUCAUUCCCCCCACGAUUUUCACGAGCCCGUAUUCUUGAAGGACAAAAAAAGAAGUGCCGAAUAGCCCCCCCAAUCUUACAUAUUUCCAAUUUGUGUGUUUCCCCUUGCGUGAGUUGAUGGCUUGUCUCACGGCCGUCUGCCGUUCCGAAUUUCGUGUUGAGCAAUUUUUUUACGGCACACACAUUCGCCGGAUGGCCAACAUUCAACAAAAGAAGCGCUGCUGCGGUAAGAGAUUCCAUUCGGACGAGCAAAUCAAAUUGACGCAAUAGUCUUAUAUUAGUUUAAGUAGCCCCCAAAAAAAUACGGGAGUGAAAAAGGGAAUACCACCCGUGUGUGGCAACAACAACUCCCGACCGCGCCGACUCCGGUCUAGCCGAACCGGAAAAGAAAAAAGAAAAAGAACGAACGAAUCAACAAACAACUAAAAAACGACCAAUCCCAUCAGAUAGCAAAAAGAAGGCUACCAGUUAUAUUCACUAGGACAACGGACAGUAUGGUCACCUUUAUUCUUGAUUGCCGUUUGCUGUCCAAUUAUUAAUUCCCCAGUGCGACAGUUUUCAUUACAUAACAGAAGAACAGUUUUGUGUAUCUCGAAUCGGUUGAAUCACUCGUGUGCGGGAGGAUAAGAGCGAUAGAGAGAGCGAAAAGCCGUUCUAUACAUCAAGGAAAAAAGAGAGUUGCUCUCUGCGUGGGUGGAAAGGAAAAAACCGCAACUCGGUCGUGGGAUAGAAAAAGAGAAAGUCCGUCGUCGUCGUCGCUGGCGUCGCUUCCAUCGCUGCUGCUGCUGCCACAGCCAUCCCUCCCGAAAAUGAGCCGGCCUCUGACGGCCAACUCUCGCAACGAAGCCGAAAUGAUGUCGAAAGCCAAACGCCAACAAACCAUGGCGCAGGAUCCACUUGAGAAGCUUCGUUGUCAACUGCUGGCUCGCGGAGCCACCGGCAUUAUCGGAUUUGGCAAGGUAUUCCGUCGCAUGGAUGACGACGGAAAUCGCUCGCUGUGCUACGAAGAAUUCCGCAAAGGAAUUGAAGAAAGCGGCGUCAAGACCGAAGAUGGAAGUCGCGCACUCUUCGAUGCUUUUGACAAGGACGGUUCCGGAUCCGUUUGCAUCAACGAAUUUCUGAAAGCUAUACGGCCGCCCAUGUCGGAAGGUCGCAAGCGAGUCAUUGCGGAAGCUUUUAAAAAACUCGACCGAACUGGAGACGCAAUCGUUACUCUCGAAGAUUUGAAUGGCGUCUACAAUGUCAAACACAAUCCAAGAUAUUUGAGCGGAGAAGAGACUGAAGAGCAAAUUCUCAAAAAGUUCCUCGCUAAUUUUGAAUCAAAUGGUUCAAUCGAUGGAAUGGUGACGUACGACGAAUUUCUAGACUAUUACGCCGGAGUCAGCUCGUCGAUUGAUCACGACGCCUACUUUGAUCUGAUGAUGAGACAGGCGUGGAAAAUCUAAUCGAUUAUUCCACACUGUUCAUUCUGUGCUCCCCCCCAUUCAUAUCUUGACGGAGUAUAGUACGACGAGCGAAUCUUCUGAUGAGGGAGGAUCUUUAUGGCUGCCGAUAGAUAACCUAUUCCAUUUCGCCUGCGCCAAGCUCUUUCUUCUCAUGUUUUCCCCCUUCUUCCAGAAUUUCAAUUUUUAUUUUCAGGUUUUAUUGUUUCAUCCCCUUGAAAGAUUUUUUCUUGAAAUCCAAUUUUGACUUUGUCCAUUUCUUAUUGCUAUCUCGAUGCAUUACACACAUCUCCCUAUA